AUGGAAUCUAAAUUAGUCGUGCCUGGUCAGUACAUAACGCCAAAAAGGAAUCUAGUUUCUGAUAAACAACACCAGAAUAAACCAGUAACGUAUCUUGCUGGAUCGGGUACGGUUGUAAAUCCAAUUGAAGUUGAUGGUAAGAGUUUAUCAGUUAUAUGUGCUACGAUAGUAGGGAGGACUCAUUUCGUCCAAGUAAACAAGGAUGAACUAGAGGGCGAGGAUACUGAAGAGAAACAGAAGAAAGAUAAGGAAUUGACGUAUAUUGUUAAUGUCGUACCCAAGAAUCAAUACAUUCCAACUGAUGAAAAAGCAAGUGAAGCCAAUUUGUCCGGUACAACAACAACCACAGUAUCUUCUUCCAUCAACCUUCCACAGGAGAAUGAUAUAGUAUUAGUACGAAUCACGCGAAUUUCGCAGAAACAAGCCAAUUGUGAAAUCAUAUCCCUUGAAUCAAAAUCAAAUUCAAACUCAAACUCAAACUCAAGUGCUCCUCAAAAAGGCGGUAAUAUCCUCUCAGACUCAGGUGCUGGAUCCAAUGGAGCUACCGCCCAAGCAUCUAUCCCCCAUGGUGGCGGAUCCCAACACAACCACAAUCUACAAACCAUUGCAUCAUCAACCUCCACACCCACUCAAGCAACAAUCUACGACUUGGGAGAAAACUAUCGCGGUAUAAUUCGAGCUUCCGACAUAAGGUCAACAGAAAGAGAUAAAGUUAUUGUAGGGCAGUGUUUUAAACCGGGGGAUAUUGUUCGAUGUAUGAUUAUAAGUUUAGGUGACGGGCAAAAUUAUUAUUGUUCAACAGCUAGAAAUGAUUUGGGGGUAGUAUUGGCUAAACUGGUCGGCGGGGCCGGUAACUUGAUGUAUCCUGUUGAUUGGCAGAAUAUGAUUGAUUUGAAUAGUGGUGUUGUUGAAAAGAGGAAAAAUGCUAAUCCGUUUGCUAUUUAA